AUGGACGUGGGCAUGGUGCCGCCAGUGGCGGCCCCUCCCGCGCGGCCUAUGCGGCCGCCAGUGUCUGUAGCAGGCGCCGCGUUGCAGGCCAUGGGCAUUCCAUGGACUGGACCCAUGAUGGUUCCGGCCAGGAGACCGCUGAUGGGCGCUGCUGUGAACUCUAUCGACCAGCAGCACAAAGACUGGAACUCCGACGAUGAGGAAAUCGACGAGUUUGGGCGCAAGAAGAGGCGGAAAGUGGCGAAGGCUCCGAAGUCAAAGGCGACAGAGGAGGGCAAGGAUGGCAAGGAUGGCAAGGAUGGCAAGGAUGGCAAGGAGGGCAAGGAGGGCAAGGAGGGCAAGGAGGGCAAAGAUGCCAAGGAGACUCCGCGAAGAUUGGAGCCAAGCUCUCGGAGAAGCAGCAGGCAGCGCUGGAACGUCUCCGACAGCGCGCUCUGA